AUGCAAAGCAAAGGCACUCCACGUCCAGAAAAUGCAGUGGUCAGCCGCCAGAUCGUAAAACCAGGGGCCCGGCCUCACAGACGUGGUGACCCCUCCUCCGCCAUGCCGACGACCACCUCGCCACCCGUGCGUAGUGUCACGAACUUUCCUAGUGAUAUCGAAGCCUCCACAGAACACUCAGAGAUCACCACCCCCCCCCCUCCAGACGUUCCAGGUAGCUCCGUGCUGGGAUAUAGACCCGACCACCUGGCUCAUUCGACACCCACCAUUUCUCUGGACAGACAUGCCAAACCCUGCUCGGCUACGUGGGCCACAUUGAGUCUAAAUGAGAGAUGA